AUGGACUCGUACAUACAGAUGCUGGCGGAUUCGGACCAGGAUAACCCUGGCCUGCCUCCCGGUCAGCUGGGCAAAUACCAGGGACCGUGGUUCUCGACGCAGUUGACGCUGUCGCUCACGGUGGGACUGGCCAGUUUUCUGGUGUUCUGCUGGCUGCGGCGGUACGAGCGCUUCAAGGUGUUGUACAAGCCGAGGACACUGCUCAAAGGCUUCUCGCCUCACGAGGUGCACGAUCACAAGUCGUUCUUCGGGUGGAUCCUCCCAACCCUCAAGACGUCCGAGUUUGUCGUUCUGCAGCUUGUUGGACUAGAUGCGGCAGUCCUCCUGUCCUUCCUGCGGACCGGCUUCUACUUCUUCCUCACCUGCUCGAUCCUCGCCUUCGCCGUCCUCGUUCCAAUCAACUACCGAGAUCACGGCACGUCCGAAGGCGUCCCUCCGCCGACGAACGGCACCUCUUCCUUCCUGCCUUCGGCCAUCUCCUCUACCGCUCCACUCGUCAUCUCGACCUUCAAGCCUCACCUCAAGCACGGUUCGACGGUCUACCUCUUCUCCCACCUCGCCUUCACCUACAUCUUCACCAUCCUCGCCCUCGUCUUCCUCAACCGCAACUGGAAGCGUUACAUCCCCCUCCGCCAGCUCUUCUCCCUCGAACUCGCUCAGUCAAUUCCGGCCCGCACCGUCAUGGUCACGAGCCUGCCGCCUCACCUUCGCUCUGAGCGCUCGCUUGCCGAGUACUUCGAGAACAUCCGCCUUGGCGAAGUCGACUCGUCGAGUCGGGACCGAGACGCGCGAGACAGUGGGUGUUUGGCUGUUGAGAGCGUCGUGGUGACGCGUGCGAUCGGGUCGAUGCGGGAGCUGCUAGAAAGGAGGACUUCGGCGCUUGCGACGCUGGAAAAGGCUUGGACCAAGUACCUCGGGAACCCUGUGCCCGUCGAGGGCAAGAAGGCGGUGAGCGGGUACGACAGGGAGGCGGAGGUAGAGACUAUCCUGCGCGGCGCGGUCGAUGCCCCGGACGCAGGUCGUGAGGAGGAGGAGCAGACUGGUCGUGAUCCGUCAAGUAAUGGGCGACUUAUCGAUGUGGACGACGACGAGCAGGAGGACCCGGAGGAAGAUCUUGAGGCCCAGCUCCUCUCACGCGUGAAGUCGGCGAUCUCAACGCCCGGGCGGAAGCGACCAACACUCCGCCCGCACUGGUUCGCGAAAAAGGUGGACGCGCUGGACUACUAUGCCGAGCAGUUCCGCAGGGCCGACGAGGCGGUCCGGAAGAGGCGGAAAGGCAAGUUUAGGCCGACAGGCGUUGCCUUCGUCACCUUCCAGACUAUUGCCUCGGCGCAAGUUGCCGCCCAGGUCGUCCACUACCCUUCCGCAACCGAGUUUCACACCGAGCUGGCACCCGAACCGCGCGAUAUUCACUGGUUCAACCUCAACCUUUCGGCGUCGUCGGUCUUCAUUCGCCAAGUGCUCGUGAUCCUCACGCUCCUCAUCCUCCUCUCGGUGUGGUCCGUCCCGGUUGCAGCUCUGGCGACCUUGCUCAGCUGGGAGACCAUCCAAGACGUCGCGCCUCGCCUCGCUGACCUGCUCGGAAGGAGCCCGCGCCUGAGGGGUUUUGUCCAGACCACGCUUCCCUCGCUCGCCAUGGUCGCGUUCAACAACGUCUUGCCGAUGUUCUUGGAGGCGCUGUCAAUCUUCCAAGGCUUGCCGGCACGCAGCUGGAUCGAGCUGAGCCAGCUCAAGAAGUACCACAUCUCGCUCCUCUUCACGACCCUUUUCGUCUUCAUCACGACGUCGACCUACACCCUUCUCCGCGACAUCUCCGAGAGCCCUGCCAAGGUUCUCGACAAACUGGCGACGACUCUGCCCGACUCGCGCAACUUCUUCGUCUCCUACGUCAUGCUCGCAGGUCUGGCUAUCAUGCCGCUUCAGCUACUUGAGCUCGCGACCGUAAUUCCUCGCCUCUUCUACCAGAUGUUCCUCACGUCUACGCCGCGAGACCACGCCGAGCUGAAUGCGCCGACGAGCCUCAACCUCGGCGUUGUGUAUCCCCAGGCGCUGCUCAUCUGGACGAUCGGCUUGACCUACUCCAUCAUCACUCCGCUCAUCCUCCCCUUCGCAACGCUGUACUUCGGCCUCGCGUACCUCACCUACAAGUACCGCUUCCUCUUCGUCUUCUACCGCCCCUACGAGAGCCGCGGACAGGCAUGGCCGCUCGCCUACAAUCGCGUGGGACUCGGUCUGCUCAUCUUCCAAGUUUUCAUGCUCGGCUUCUUCACCGUCCGCAAGGCGUUCCUCCUCGUCGUCCUCAUGGUCCCGCUCCUCGCCUCGACGGUCUACACAAUCUGGCGCCUGUACCGCACCUACGUUCCGCUUUCGCGCUUCGUCAACUUGUCGCAGGCGUGCGAAGUUGCGAACGGAACGGGCGCGGACGAUAUCGUCAAGCUGAGGAAGGGUCAUCCCGUCACGAGGAGCCAGACGCACCUCAAUCGUGGACGGUACGGGCACAAGGGCGAAGGCGUCUACGCCGUCGCAAAGAACCCGCACACCGACUACUCGCAGCCGCCUCUCUCCGAGAUGUACCCUGGCGUCCUCAACACUGGAGGGCCUGCGCGCUACGGCCACCCAGCGCUCUUUGGCGCACUCCCGGAACCCUGGCUACCCGCUCUCGCCGAGCCGAAGGAGACGGGAGCCGAGGUUCCGCAAGCGGUCAAGGACGCCUUACUCGUCGUCGACCUCCGUCGUGGCUGGCGCAAUCUUAAGCGCGCGGCGAAGCAGGGCAUCAACCUCGGCGGUGACAACGAAGGAGAGUCUAGCGAGGGUGGGAGAAGGAGGCCGAGGGCGACGAGCUGGGGCAGUAUGCCGAGCGAGGAGGAUCCGAGCCGGGCAUGGCGAGGUAGCGAAAGCAGCGCGGCGCCCAGCCCGAGGAGGGAGGACCUGCUUAGCGACGAGGAGGAUGACUUGGACGAGGAGGAUGAGCAUGGCAACAUCCCCGCGCGGUACUCUUCCUUCUUCCCGCACCGGCCGGGCCACAACAUCCAUUUCCCGCCAACACCGGGAAAUGCGAGUGAGACGGAGGACGAAGGGUAG